AUGCAUUUAACCAACAUGUGACUUCUCCUCCACAAAGAUCUGAAGUCUGUCUUCUGAAGGAAUCUGGAGGACCGUGUGGACUCACUAUUCUAAAAUUUUUGGCUCUACUCUUUCUGCUAGAGGGGCCUGGAUUUAUCCGGGUCUUUCACCACCAUGGGCCGACUGGAAGGCAAAGUCAUUGUCCUGACGGCUGCCGCUCAAGGGAUUGGCCGGGCCUCAGCCUUAGCUUUUGCAAGAGAAGGAGCCAAAGUCAUAGCCACAGAUAUCAACGAAUCCAAACUCCAGGAGCUGGAAAGUUACCCAGGUAUCCAAACUCGGGUCCUUGACGUCACCAAGAAAAAGCAAAUUGAUCAGUUUGCCUCCGAAGUCGAGAAAAUCGAUGUGCUCUUCAAUGUUGCUGGUUUUGUCCACCAUGGGACCAUCCUGGAUUGUGAGGAAAAAGAUUGGGACUUCUCGAUGAACCUCAACGUCCGCAGCAUGUACCUGAUGAUCAAGGCAUUCCUUCCCAAAAAUAUUUGUUUGACUAUGCAAAGACGUGUUGCUGUUUUACCUUGCCUGCCUAAGAUGCUUGCUCAGAAAUCUGGCAACAUUAUCAACAUGUCUUCUGUGGCCUCGAGCAUCAAAGGGGUAGAAAACAGAUGUGUGUACAGCGCAACCAAGGCAGCUGUAAUCGGUCUCACAAAGUCUGUGGCUGCCGACUUCAUCCAGCAGGGCAUCAGAUGCAACUGUGUGUGCCCAGGAACGGUUGACACUCCGUCUUUGCAAGAAAGAAUACAAGCCAGAGACGACCCCAAAGAGGCACUGCAAGCUUUCCUAAACAGACAGAAGACAGGAAGGUUUGCGUCUGCAGAAGAAGUGGCCCUGCUCUGUGUGUACUUGGCCUCGGAUGAGUCUGCCUAUGUAACGGGCAACCCUGUCAUCAUUGAUGGAGGCUGGAGCCUGUGACUGCUGGAAACUCCUGCUGAGGAGGCAGGCUCUUCCCGCUCAAAGGGAGAAGCAGCUGACACAAUGAUCACCUCUCCUAUGAAUGACGUUCUUGACAACAGCCCCUUUUAAUGAUUGUUCCCAAGAGUGGAGUCUUUCAGUAGACUCUGUCUCUUCUGAAACAAUGGAAAACAAACCAAAUAAAAUGUAUAAAUCAAAA